UAAAAGCUAUCCCUCAGACAGGGAAGGAGGAAAUGAACUGUCUUAUCAGAACAUCGGAUAUGAUAUUGAUCAGAAUAUGUACACUACUUGUGAAAGCAAAAUACAUGUAGAUGAUAACGACCUACCUGACCUACCUGACAGCAAUAUCACGAGAAAUGAUAUCGGAAUUGCGCUAGUUUUUGGUUUGACUUUUAUCCAGAGUACACCAAUGGUACAAUCACAAUCUCUCUUCCCUGGUGAUGGUUGUGGUUAUGACUCGAAUAAAGACAUUGUUUUACUUCAGGAAGGUGUCAGAAAACUUAAUGAAGAAAACGAAGCUCUGAAACAAGAAAUCAAACAACUCCGGUAUAAUGUCGGAAUGUUAUCCAGAAUAGCUUGUACGGCCUCCGUGAGCACAUCACCUGGUGUAAAUCAUUAUAGAAUCGACAUCAUAUUUCCGAAUGUUAUCACCAACAUAGGCGGGGCCUACAACUCUUCAUCAGGAAAAUUCACUGCACCCUCGGAAGGCCUCUACGUCUUCUACACUUCCAUUGUAUCUUGGGACAACGGGCAAAUAUCGACAGACAUCGUGCUGAAUGGCAAAAGUCAGGUGAGAACAAUGGCCAGAAGCAACGGGUUCAACUCUAGUUAUCCUUUCACCCUCUAUCAAACCGGAACAAACCUUGUGUGUUUGAGUUUGCGCAAAGCGGACGAGGUGUGGGUCAGAAAACAAUCCGGAGUGGGAUAUAUUCUGAACGAAACACCAUUCCACAUUUUUUCAGGAUAUAAGUUGUAAGGCAAAUGUCAUUUUAAAAUGGCAUGGACAUUUUAGCUGAAUAUGUAAAUGACAAUGACAACUCAACUGCAUGACAUACGGGAUGAUUUCAGCUUCUCCAUCAACUUCCAAUAUUUAUUUAGCAUUAUUCCAUUAUCACCUGCAUAUGGUGUUUACAUCUCUCAACUGAUUUGAUACGCAAAGGUUUGUUCUGCGUAUAGACAGUUUUUAAAUCGAUGCAAGCUAGUGCCAAACAAGUUGAUGGUACAGGGUUUUCAACAGUCACGAUUGAAAUCAGCAAUUUCGUAAAUUCUGUGGUCGUUAUAACGAUCUAGUUCGUCAAUACAACCUACCACUGGGUCAAAUGUUGUCUGACGUGUUUCAUACCGAUUGUUAGACUGUUCUUAGCACACUUUUUUCGACUACGGAUAACUCCGUUUACCUGUUCAGGAUACAGGGCUCACGGCGGGUGUGACCGGUCGACAGGGGAUGUUUACUCCUCCUAGGCACCUAAUCAUGAUGUAUUCCUCUAUAUGGUGAUCGAGAAUUCGAAAAUGUGGAGAAGAUAGAUGGCGUACGUUUAUGAAAUGGAAAAGUCUGAACAUUUCAUAUCAUGAUUGCUGAAGAAUGGACAGCGCCUAACGAUUGAUUUUCUUAAUACAAGUAUAUUCAAUUACAUUAAAUAUCUACUCAUUGCUGCUAAUUACAGCUACAGGUGUUAACUAUCAUCAUCGGUAAUCUUAAUUAACAUUAAAUCUAGUUAAUUAAAUUAUAAGUGACUCUUCAGUGAAGAUAUGGUUACUAAAUGUCAAUCUUUUACGGAGGUAAUGUACACCCGAGAAAUUAGAUAAGGAUGAAAAGUGGAGGGUAUAUACAACAAUAUUUUAAAAUUGAAAACUUUCAAAUUUACUUUAUUUAGUCAAAAAUGCAGUUUUAGUAGAAAAUAAUCUGGAAAAAGUAUAACAUCUGCUCGACUUGGAAUAGGCGAUGAUUUUUUGAAAUGAGGAGACAAAUGUUGCUGACAUUUAUAUUUUUGUCCAUGUUUUAAAAGCAAGUCAAUUAUUAUGAUGGUGUAGAGUACCUCCUGAAGGAUAAUUUAAGUGCAUUAAAAAUUGGCUAUUGUUAAUAUUACUGAAAGGGAGAUAACUCAAAUAUACCUAUAGGAAAUCUCAAACCGAAAUCUGAUUUUCCAAUAUUCGUAAUUUGGUCAUUUUAUAUGGGUUUAAAAAUUGUAGCUGAGACCAAUUUCUCGGUAUUUGAGUGGGGAGUUUCACUGCUUUUUGUAUGCAUCGAUUACUUAGUUUGCUGUGAAGGCAUUUUUAAAAUGAAAACUAACAGAAAAGUUCGCUCACAGCAGUCAUGUGUUAUAUAUGACUCUACUCAUAGGGGCUUGUCACAUAAAUGUUUGUAAUGUAUACAUGUAUAUAGAAUAAUACAAUCUUUUAUUAGUACGAAAUGUGGGAUUGGGCAAUUUCACAAAGUUGGUUUAACGAGGAGCGUUUUUAAAACGCGGAACAAAUAUCGAUAUUAUGAGGAGGUCAGUAUUUUGUAAUAUUAAAAGCCUUACUAUGAGCAAGGGAAUCAUAAAUGACAAAGAGAAUGGGAAGUUAUCCCCAAACUCCACCGUUUCAUACACCUCAUAAGAACGUGACGAAUAAAUUAUCAAAUCCAUAGCCCUACAUGUGUUUUGAAAUCAUGAUAACUUAGUUUGAAAAAAAAAUAUUGAUUUCAACAUUCUUUAUUGUAUUUUAAGUGCAUAUCAUACAAACUUUUGAACGCAAGUUCUUUCAACUUACGGGGUUCUGACCUUAAAUACAACAGUCAAUAUACUAAUUAAUAUGAUAUAUAGACAUAAUCAUUUCUUAGUUACCUUAGUAUGGUGUUCGGCAGGAAUAACAGUAAAUCUCGCAGAAUCUCGAAUAAAGUUUCGAACAGAGGGAGAAUAUGUUGGUUUAAUAUAAGAAUCAAAACACGAUGUAUUAGAUAUACCUGGAAUUAUAUGUGAAAACCAAAGCAUGUACAUUAUUAACUUAAAAACACUGCCUAAUAUUAUAAAAUUCCACAAACUAUUUACAUCAACAAAUCUUGCACUGCUGAAAAGUUGGUGUAAAUUUCUAUUUGUUGUAAAGGAAAAUGUAGACCUUAGUAGCUUUGAUAAUUUCAUUAGGAUAUAACUUGGUCUCGUGGUAAUGUUCAUUUGUUGAAUCAAUGUUUCUCCACUUUAUACAUAGUAAUAUAAAAAUAUUUAUUCCUGUACAUGUCGUGUAUGUAGUAUUCUGUAUUUUCUAACCUCCUCUCUGUAAUGUAUAACUGUACAUGUUAGAUAUGUAGUAUUCUGUAUUUUCUAACCUCCUCUCUGUAAUGUAUAACUGUACAUGUUAGAUAUAUAGUAUUCUGUAUUUUCUAACCUCAUCUCUGUAAUGUAUCACUGUACAUGUUAGAUAUGUAGUAUUCUGUACUUUCUAACCUCCUCUCUGUGAUGUAUAACUGUACAUGUUAGAUAUGUAGUAAUCUGUAUUUUCUAACCUCCUCUUUGUAAUGUAUUCCUGUACAUGUUAGAUAUGUAGUAUUCUGUAUUUUCUAACCUCCUCUCUGUAAUGUAUGACUGUACAUUUAUGAGAAUAAAACAUUGAUUGAU